AUGCCGAAAUCUACAAAGAAACCAAAGAAGAAUAGUCUGCCGCCUGCGGAUUUUUCUAAAAUUGCUCCUACCAUAAAUCAAUACAAGCAAAAACUCCGACAUGCACAACUGCAACCACUAGACUCAAAGACCACACUAUCACGCAUCUCGCUGACAUGGCCCAUUACUCGUCUUUUGCAUAACUGCACACGAUUUGUUCAACAACAAAAUGACGAGGGCGAGCUUUCUCCAGAGUUGUUUGAGUGGUUAAAAGUACAGGAUUACGUAGAUGAGAAAUUGUUGAAUAAGUGGGGCAAGAGGGGAUAUGAAAAGUUGUGUUGUUUAGGGUGCAUCAAUAGACUGGGGCAAGGGAAUGGAGCAGUUUGUGUUUGUCGAGUGCCGAAAGUUGAAUUGUUGAAACGAAAGAAUAGGAAACAGCUAAGGGAACAAAAAGGCGGGAAUGCCAAUGGUGAGCAAAAUGAUCAAAAUGAUCAAAAUGACCAAGGCGAAGAGGAAGAUUUAGAAGAAGAAAGCACGGAUGUUGACAAGGUUGAUGUGGAGUGUGUUACUUGUGGAUGUCGAGGUUGCGCCUCUACAGAUUAG